UCGUGCCAGAAGCGUGGUGCGUGUCCCUGUAUCAUAAUAAAAGUCUUUCCUUUCUUUCUUCGCCCCCUGGCUGUUUAUUCACUGAAUCUGGCCUGUCGUCAUCGUUUCAAAAAGGAACCCGCUUGGCUUGAGCUGCGCAGAAUAGCGCUGCAAAAACUCCGUUAACAAUAAAGCAAGUGGCCAGUCAGAUGCCUCAAUGGGAAGCCGACAAGAAGGCCCUGAGUGCCACCGCACUCUCCCCUCCUGCAGGUUCCAGCGACUGCUCGAAAGAAGCAUAUACUGCCUCCAACGUGAGAGGUAGAAGACAGCCAGUCGUGAUGCCAGUAAAUUUCAAAGAGGUUGCUGUGUAUUUUCCAGAUGAUCAAAGGCCUCUGCUGGAUCCAGAUCAAAGAAUCCUGUACAAGAGCAUCAUGCAGGAGGUGGAUGGGAAUGUGGGCUUUCUGGGUGAGCAGGCAAAUGAGAACAAAGAGGAUAUUCAGAUGCAAAAGGCAGAGCAAGGCAAACAAACAGGGUCAUCACCAGGAUUAGCAGGAGAAACAGUUUCCCAAUGCCUUGAGAGAGGAGAAACUGUAGUAAAUUACUGCAAGCCAGGGAAGGAGGUGGACCACCACUUAUCAAAGAGAAUGGAUAAUGCCAUUUCUAGCACGGAAGGCCCCCAGGAUCUUGGCAAAAGCCCAGCCAGAAAGCGAAUCCGCAAAUCUCAGAGCCCAAGGAUGUGCAAUGAGUGUGGAAAGACCUUUGCGCAGGCCUCAAACCUUCUGGCACAUAAAAGAAUCCACACAGGCGAGAAGCCAUAUAAAUGUGUACACUGUGGGAAAAGUUUCACCGAACGGUCAAACCGUAACAGGCAUCAGAGGACCCAUUCAGGAGAGAAACCAUAUAAAUGUGUUGAUUGUGGGAAAAGUUUCAGCUUUCGAUCGGACCUCAUUAGACAUGGAAUUACCCAUACAGGAGAGAGACCAUAUAAAUGUUCGGAUUGUGGGAAAAGCUUCAGUCAUGCCUCAACUCUGAUCAGACACGAGAAUAUCCAUACAGGAGAAAAGCCCUAUUCUUGUACAGACUGUGGGAAAAGCUUCACUCAGAGUUCAUCCCUUCUAGCACAUAAAAGACUCCACACAGGAGAGACGCCUUUUAUGUGCCCUGUUUGCGGGGAGAACUUUAACUGGAAGUCUCACCUUGUUACACAUAAAAGAACACACACAGGGGAGAGGCCAUAUAAAUGUUCAAAGUGUGGGAAAAGUUUCAUAGAAAAGUCAAAGCUGAAUAGACACCAGCGAACCCAUCUGGAAAAAGAACUUUACGAAUGCGCAGAGUGUGGGAGAAUCUUUAGUAUUCGAUCCAACUUGAUUAGGCAUGAGAUAGCCCACAGAGGAGAGAAAUCGUAUACAUGCUUCAGCUGUGGGAAAAGCUUCAACCAGUCAUCAAAGCUGAUGAGACAUGAAAGAAUUCACACUGGAGAGAAACCCUAUUCCUGCACAGACUGUGGGAAAAGUUUUAGCCAGACAUCUGAGCUCCUCCGACAUGAGAGGAUCCAUACGGGAGAGAAGCCAUAUAAAUGCUCCAUCUGUGGGAAGUGCUUCAACCGGAGAUCACACCUGAAUACACAUGGGGCAACCCAUGUCGGAGACCAGCCAUAUGAAUGGCCGGACAGCCGGGCAAGUUACAAUAAUAGUUCCCUUCUUAUGUCAAGCGUGAAUCUGCCUGAACAGAUCUAUACAGAGAACCAACCCUAUAAAUGCUUGGAGGAUGAAAAAGACUACAAUCACCGCUCCCACCUUAUUGGUGGUGUUAAUCCACAUGGUCAAGCACAGAUAGGAGGCCAGCUGUGCAAAUGUCCAAACAGUGAAACAAGCUACAGUCAUUGCUCCCUCCUUAUUACUGGCAUCAACCCACAAGAAGGGAUCCACACAGAGGACCAGCCGUAUAAAUGUUUGAACCACGAAACGUGCUAUAACCAUGGCCCAUUUUUUAUAUCAAACAUGAAUGCACAUGAGGGGGUCUCUGCAGGAGGCCAACCAUAUAAAUGCCUAAGUGGUGAUGAUGAAAGCUACAAUAACUCCUCCGUCCUUAAAAUGGAUGUGAGCACCCACAGAGAAGAGAAGCUGUUUAAGUGUUCUGAGUGCGGAAAGACCUUCAACUGGAGAUCACACUUCAUUAGGCACAAGAGAAUCCACACAGGAGAAAAACCCUACUGCUGUCCAGACUGUGGGAAAAGCUUCAAUCGGAGGUCGCACCUUGUUAGGCAUGGGAGAACCCAUGUAGGAUUGAGGCCAUAUUUUCAGGUUGAGGGAGUUUUAGUUCAGGAUCCGAUUAUCUUGAACCCAAAUGAAUCUAUACAUGAGGGAGAUUGUGUAAACACACAGCCUUCGGUCAUGGCUCAUAUUAUAUCACAGACUGGAGAAGUCAUACAGGAAACAAGUCUUGUGAAUAUUCAGUGACAUGUCAGUCAGAUCUUAUUAAACAUUAAAGAACCCAGACAAGGGAGGAACCUCUAUGAUGGGGAAACUUUCAGUUGUAUAUCAGUACCUGCUAGAUAAAGAAUACUUGCAAAGGAGAAACUAUAGCCUAGUUCACAGUAAACGACUUUUAGUUCCAAAGAUUGCCAGAGGGAGCUAUUUCACCCUUAUUUUAAAAAUGGAAACUGUCUGCACAUAGAAGAGUAGCAUGUCAAGGAACCAUUGGCCCUCCAGAUGUUGCUUAACUAUGACUCUCAUCCUCUCUGACCAUUGGCAAUGCUAGCUGGGGUUGAUGGGAGUUGUAGUCCACCAAAACAUCUGGAGGGCCACACGGUCCCCAACCCUGCUUAAAAGUCAUUUUGUAUACUCCAUGUUUCUCCGCAGGAAGCACUUCCCUGCAGGAAACAUCAUGCAGCUCACAUAUAGAUAGCAAUAUAUGAUGAUCAUACACAUUGGUGUGUGAUCAACUACAGCUUCCCAGCACAUGUGAAUGCAGAAAUAUACAAAUCUGUGGGUUAUUCACACAAAACAAUCUACUUCUUGCAUUUAAAGCCUUUCUAUAUACCAAAGGGAUAAAGUGUGAACCAACCUGUUCAGAGAUGUGGAGCUUAUAGCCUUCUGGAUGUUGGACUCCAACCCCCAUCAGCCCCUGCCAGCAAGCCAACUGUUAAGGAAUGAUGGGAGCUGUAGUCCAACAACACUUGGGACUGCCACAGGUUCCCAUCCUUAUUGCACAUGCAAUUAAUUAUUUUAGGAUCUUGGUGUUAACUAACUUUAACAGAAUACUAAAUGUGCAAACAGAAACCAUUGUUUUCAUUGUUCUACUAUAUCCACAAGCAUGCUUAUAAAUCAUUUCACUUUUAUUCAUACAAAUUCCUUUGUUUUAGAGUCAUGCACACAGUCACAUUCCAUUGAACCACUAACACGACAAUUGCUGAACUGUUUUUCAGACAGCUUAAUAUGCUGUUGUCUCUUGGGGAAUAAUGGGUAUGGAAGAUGGCAUUUCUUAUGCACAUUUCUCUCUACCUGUCCUCAUAACACUCGAGUUCCCGCAACAAUCCCUCAAGGAUAUAAAAAUGCUGGUUGUAUUCAUUUCUUUUGUAGUGUAUGAUUUUUUUUCAUUCCUUUCUAAACCUGUGUAGAUUUGUACUAAAAUAUAUUGUCUUCCAAAAGAAUAGAUCCUUUGCCAUAUAAUAAGAGUCUGGAAUUGGAAGGCUAAUCUGUAAUAUUAAGUGGGUUUUUUUUCUAUUGACAAUUUUUAUUAAACUUGUUU